AUGUUGAGAAAGAAGCCCUUCAGGUGCUGGGAAUGUGGGAAGAGCUUCAGUCAGAGCUUCAGCCUGCUCCGCCACCAGCAAAUCCACACUGGGGCACGUCCCUACACAUGUGGAGAAUGUGGAAAGAGCUUCAGCCAGAGCUACCACCUCCGCACCCACCAGCUCAUCCACACUGGGGAACGGCCCUACAAGUGUGAGGAAUGUGGGAAGAGCUUCAGCCGGAGCUUUCACCUUCGUUCCCACCAGCACAUCCACACUGGAGAAUGUCCUUACACGUGUAGGGAAUGUGGGAAGAGCUUCAGUGACAGCUCCACCCUCCGCAAACACCAUCGCAUCCACACUGGGGAACGGCCCUACAAGUGCUUGGAUUGUGGGAAGAGGUUUCCAACCAGGGGGAAUCUCUACACGCAUGAGCGGACGCACACGGAUGAGAGGCCCUUCCACUGCACCGACUGUGGGAAAUGGUUCAAGGAGAAAUCCCAUCUUGUCACCCACCGGCGCAUCCACACCGGGGAGAGGCCCUACAAGUGUGGGGAGUGUGGGAAGAGAUUCACCCAGAUCGGUGUCUUGACCAAACACCAACGGACCCACCAGUAAGAGAAGCCCUACCAGUGCCCCGACUGCAGGAAGAGCUUCGGCCGCUGCUUCCACCCCGAAUGAAGCCCCUGAUGUUGAGGCAACCCCUGGAGUCCAGUGACUGUCAGUCCAUCCCUUUUGACCACAAAGGGCCAGUCCCCUUUAACAGAGGCACGUUCUUCCAACAGAACCCUUCUUGGGGGGUGUGUGGAGAUUCCUGCCUUGGCUGGGGACC